UCAUCAUAACAAAGAGGAGUUUGGCCGCAGCCAUCGCUUGAGAGGUCACAGACUCCCGGGACACAGCUUACAGCUGGGACUUGGACGCAAGGAACAAAUUGCCGAGCUGAACAAUGUACUCGGAGCAGGGGAGUCGGUAGGAGCUGGAACCAGCCGCCCGCCGUCCUUUUCCCGGCUGCAGAAAGCCGAGCUGGAGAGGAGUGAGUUGAAGCGAUAGUCCGCACCCACCUCCAGCUGCCAGAUCCCCGAGGAGGUACUGCUGCAGCCCCCUUCCCCAUCCCUGGACCAUGGCUUCCAUCAAAGCCAAAGCUCUUUACAGCUUCCAGAGUGAGAACCCCGAGGAGAUCAGCAUCCAGGAAAACGAGCAGCUGCUGGUUUUUAACGAGAAGUCUUUGGACGGUUGGCUGGAAGGCCAGAACAGUCGAGGAGACAAAGGGCUCUUUCCAGCUUCUUAUGUGGAAAUUCUCAAGCCCAGCACACCCUUACCAUACACUUCCAAUUCCACUUUCACUCACCACUCACCAGGGAAUCACUCUGCAAUUUACUCCCCCAGUUCAGCCUCCUCCUACCAACUGGGCAGCUAUGAGGAAGAUGAUGAUGAUGAUUGGGAUGACUGGGAUGACUCUUCCACUGUGUUCGAUGAACCUGGUGUGUCCAGUAACACCAAUGGCCACAAUCACCUCCAUCCAUACACAGUCUCCCCAUAUCCUAACGUGAUGUACAGGCAAAAGCCAUCAGUGGAGAGGCAGGACAGCACUGCCAGCAGGCUGAGCACUAAAAGCAGUGCUGUGGGCAAGAACUUCAACCGUUUCUCAAGUUUUGUUAGAUCUGGAGGAGAGGCAUUCAUUCUGGGUGAGGUACCUGCUGUCUUUAAGACUUCAGAAACCUACGGUGUGGUGAUGAGCCCUGAUGGGCCUCAGUGGAGUGAGAGCCCUCACCCCUUUACCUGUACCAUUGAGGAACCCACCAAGCAAACCAAGUUUAAAGGCAUCAAGAGUUACAUUUCCUACAAGCUGACGCCUAGUCAAACCAACAACCCUGUUUAUCGUCGCUACAAACACUUUGACUGGCUACACAACAGGCUGCUGCACAAGUUCUCUGUCAUCUCUGUGCCACAUCUGCCAGAGAAACAGGCCACUGGCCGAUUCGAAGAUGAUUUCAUUGAGAAGCGCAAGAGACGCUUGAUUCUGUGGAUGGACCACAUGACAAGCCAUCCAGUGCUUUCCCAAUACGAGGGAUUUCAGCACUUCCUAACUUGCACAGAUGACAGGGCCUGGAAACAGGGAAAAAGACGGAUGGAAAAAGAUGAAUUAGUCGGUGCCAAUUCUUUCCUGACCAUCCAAAUCCCACAGGAGCAUCAGGAUCUUCAGGAUGUGGAGGAGAGAGUGGACACAUUCAAAACCUUCUCCAAGAGGAUGGAUGACAGUGUGCUGCAACUGACCAAUGUGGCCACAGACCUCUGCCGCAAACAUGUUGGAGGCUUCAGGAAGGAAUUUCAGAAAUUAGGCAAUGCUUUUAAUUCAAUAAGUCAGGCAUUUGAAUUGGAUCAACCACAUCUUGCAGUCCCUCUGAACAAGGCCAUUUUCAACACUGGCAAAACGUAUGAAGCCAUUGGAGAGUUGUUUGCAGAACAGCCCAAGAAUGAUCUGUUCCAUAUGUUGGACACACUUUCCCUGUACCAAGGCCUACUGUCCAAUUUCCCAGAUAUCAUUCAUGUUCAGAAAGGUGCCUUUGCCAAGGUGAAAGAUAGCCAGAGGAUGAGCGAUGAAGGAAAGAUGGAUCAGGAGCAAGUGGAUGGGAUAAAGAGACGAUGUCGAGUGGUAGGAUUUGCUCUACAGGCCGAGAUGAACCACUUCCACAAGCGCAGGAUCAUAGAUUUCAAACGCAUGAUGCAGUCUUACCUUCAGCAGCAAAUUGUCUUCUAUCAGAGAAUCAGCCAGCAAUUGGAGCAGAGUCUGCAUUUGUAUGACUCAUUGUAAUAAAAGACCCUCACUCCUUGACUCUAGAAGAUUAUGUGGGAAAAACAUACCUAGGCUCCUCCAUGAUCCACUUGACUUGUCUACAUUCUCUCCAAUUCUUCCCUAAAUCUUUUUGAAUCCUCUCCAACUUCCCUUGAGCUUUACCAAUCCCCAACUCCUCCCUGAUUUCCUGACUCCGCCCAACCUCCUCACUCCUCCCCAAGGUCUUAACUCCUCCUUAUCCUCUUGACUUCUCCCCUAUUCUCCAACUCCUCCCCAGUCCCUGGUUUCCACCCCAAACCCCUUGACUCCACCCAAUCCCCUGACUGCUCACCAACAUCUAUGACUCUCCCCCAAUGCCGACUUCUCCCCAAUAGAUUUGACUCUUUCCAGUUCAUUUGACUCCUCAUAAUUCCCUUAACUCCAGCCAAUUCCUUCAACUCCUCCCAAUCCCCAAAGCACCGCCACAACUCCUCCCCAGUCUUUUGACUCCUCCCUGAUCCCUCAAUACUUUCAUAACUCCUCUCCAGUCCCUUCAAAUCCACCCCCAUUCUUUUUAACUGUCCCCUAAUUCCCCAAUUCCUCUCCAAACUCUGCAGUAUCUUCACAACACCUCCACAACCCUCUCAACUUUCCCCCAAUCCCCUUGACUCACUCCCCAAUUUCCUCAAAUCAUCCCAUCCCCUCAGUUCCUUCCCAAAGUCUUUAACUCAUCUCAAUCCCUGACUGUGCCUCAAUCACCUUGAUUCUUUUCCUGAAUUCCCUAACUCCUCCCCAAACCCUGAGACUCAUUCCCUAUCCCUUGAAUCUCCCCUAAUCCCCUCAAUUCUACCCAAUCCCCUCAACUCUACCCUAAUCCCCUUGACUCUUCCUACAAUUCCUUUAGCUCUUUUCCUAAUUCCUUUGACUCCUUCCCUAGUCCCCUCAGUUCUUUCCCCAAUCCCUUUGACUUUUCACAGACUCUCCUCAAAUCCCAUUGACUCCUUCCUUGAUCCCUUCACCUCCUUCUCCAAUCUCCUCCAGUCUCCUCAAUUCUGCUGACUUCUUCCCCCAUCUCCCUGAAUUCCCUUGACCUUUCCCUGAGCUCCUCAACUCUUCCCUAGUUACCUUGACUCUCCCUCAAUCUCCUCAACUCUGCCCCCAUUCCUCAUUGACCAACCCUGAUCUCCUCAACUCUCCUGCGAUUCCUCUUCUGAUUGCUUUGAUCCCUCCCAUCCUUUCAAGUCCUCCUCCAAUCUCCCUUAGUUCUCUCAAUCACUCUCCAUUCAUUCAAAUAUCCCUAUAAGCUCCUCCAAUCCCUCUGACUUUCCCCUAUUCCCAUUACCUCCUCCCUGAUUCCCUCACUCACAUAUAGUCGAUAUCAUAACGGAUGCAAUUCAUUACUGAGAUGGAACUGCAGCACCAGGAGCCAGUUCAUUGUGAGCUGAGUUUUCAUGUAACAGCAAGUUCACUUAUCUCUCACCAUCAUCACUGCAAGUCUGGAUAAUUCAGAGCUGUUUACACAUUGUGCUUAAAGAAAUCAGUUCAGAGUGUGUUGUUCACCAGUACCAACGUCUUUAGUGUAUUUAUGUGGAAUCUAAUCUUGCUUUGGAUUAUAUUACCAAGGCAGGGCAGGUGGCAAAACUCUGCUAAAUCACUUCUACCAAGUGUACAUUUUUCGGGAGACAUUCAAACAGAAACAGCCACAUUGACUGUGGGUUUUUCUAUCUUUGACACUUAAAGGAGAUUGAUUUCCCAAAAAUGAGGGAGACGGCAUGAAUUCAGAAGCAGUUCACUUCUUCCAGCUCCCAAGGUUUACAUUCAUUUUCUGGCAGAGGAUAUGGCUUCACAAGAUCACCACCACCGGAAUUAGCUCUCAGUCUCAGACUGUGGCAGUUGCAGAUUGUCACCACAGGAUGUUUGAACUGUUGUGAUAGUUAAUUAUUUUCUAUACAGGGACGUACGGGACAUAUUCAAAGACAAAUCUUUAGUAUUACAGGUAGGAUGUAAACUGUAGUAGAGCAAUUUGUUUAAAAUUUGCUAAGCUAGAUAACAUGGACUGUUGGGUUGGCAGAUUUGUUUUCCAAAAUGUUGGGUAUGUUUUGCUGGGAUUAAGGAAUUGACUUUCGAAAUGGAAAAUGUUAACAGAAUGACAGCAACUGAAAGAAAAAGAGAACAUGAGGGAGGAUUAGAGGCCACUGCAGGAUGUGUGAGAAGAGGUGAUGAUGAAGACAGAGAGGAAUGACAGGCUAUACUAGAUAAAGGGACUUCUUUAUACUCUUCUAAAUGAGCGUGUAAGUCCCUGGUGAAAGUUGUCUCACUGUGAUUUAGCCUGUAGUUACAAUGUGCCAAUAUCUUGCUCCUGGUGUGCUGGAUGGUUCAAGGAGUACACUGCACUUUAGAUUAUAUUCUCUCAAACUGUUCCACUACAAUGUUAUUCAGAGCUGUAUAUCAUUUUUCAAUUGUACACUGAUAAUCAGGGCUGGUUAUAAACACUGCUAUAUCAGCAAUAUUUAAUAUUCUCAAUAUAAAAAAUGCAUAAUGAUAACCGUACAUGAUCAAUAUGUGUAGAAUGUUCCAGAGGGACUGAGAGCAUCAGUGGUGUAAUUCAAUGGGGGAGGCUACUGUUGGUAAACAUACUAGGCAUUUUACCCAGCCAGCAUGACUCAAAGGGGCAAGCUGUUAUUAUUACAGGUACUGGGCACUAUAGCUAGUCAGCAUGACCCAGAGGGGCAAAGUAUUUUUAGAACAGGUAAUGGACACUGGAACUAGUCAGUGUGACUCAGAGGGGCAGGCUGCUGUUAGAACAUGUACUGGGCACAGAACUUAGUGUGACAUAAUUGGGCAUAUUAAUGUUAGUACAGGUACUGUGUACUCUAACGGGUCAGUGUGACUCAGAAGGGCAAGCUGCUGUUUGCACAGGAACUGGGCAAAAGUCAAGAUGUAAUGUAUCCUCAUCAGAGAAUAUCCACGCACCCUAUUUAAGAAGUAAUGAUGACAUCAAAGCAGUGGCACAUCUUUAGUUAAAUGUUGCAAAGAUGGUGUCAGUAUUAAUGAACCACUGCUGGUCCCAGUGGGAAUUGGACAGUGACGUAAAUGCCAAUGCCUUACAUCAGUAAUCAUAAAGCCUGGACUUCCUAACUUUAUAGUUCACGGUAUUCCAAUCCGUCCUGGCAUCUCUACUUUUUCCGAGUUUUGGAGGAGCUCGUGGAGCCUUGAUUUGGAAUAGGUCCUUACGUCCAGUCAACUAUAAACCCGAUUUGCAGUAGCUGGGGUGAACUCAAUGUCAGGCCUUUGUUGCACUGCCAUGUUCCCAAACUAACCCUGGCGUCUGCAGUCGAAAGCUGUGUGUAGAAAUAUAAUACAUAGUGAGAUUCAAGCAGCAACUCCAACGUGUUCUGACCACUGAGACUGUGCACAUGUUGGAUCUCAGCGCUUUGGCUAAUAGAAGGGAGUGACAUCAGACAGUGACUAGAACUCCUCAACAAAUCAUUCAGAAACAGGAUGUGAUUUCAGAAAAAAGCAACAUUUAGAAGAAGCCCACUCAGCAUCGCAAGUUAAAACUCAAUGGCUCAUCCCUUGUGAUAUAACUGAAAUAGAAACUCAGACUAGGUAACAACAGGCACAGAUCCUAUUUCAGUGUCAGAUACAGAUACAGGUGGUAUUAUAGUGUCUACAAUGGCUAUGAACAGACUCAGACUAUGCUAAUGUUUAGACUAUUCUAAUGGUUAAUACUCAACACAGAUUUUCACAACAGAAACAACUUUGCAACUGCUAAGCCCAUUAAGAAUCUUAUGUGUUUUUUUCAUAAGGUCUUCUCUCAUUCUUCUAAGCCCCAAUUAGUACAAGUCCAACCUAUUCAACCACUCCUCAUAGGGAAAUCCCUCCAUGUCUAAACUAAGUGAGUAAACCUUCUUUGGACUGCAUCCAAUAUCAGUAUAUCUUUCCACAGUAUUCACCGUAUUCCAGUUGAGGUCUGAAUCUGCAUUGUAUAGAUUAGAAUGGUGCUGGAAAAGCACAGCAGGUCAGGCAGAAUGCAAAGAGUAGGAAAAUUGAUGUUUCAGGCAAAAGCCCUUCAUCAGGAAUGCUGCCUGACCUGCUGUGCUUUUCCAGCACCACUUUAAUCUAGACUCUGAUCUCCAGUAUCUGCAGUCCUCACUUAUGCCUAUGCAUUGUAUAGUUUAGCAAGAAAACUUUCUUUUUAUACUGCGUUCCCUUUGAAAUAAAAGCCAACAUUCCAAUUGCCUUCCCUAUUAUCUGCAGAACUUAGAUGCUAAUUCAGUAGGAUUCCCAAAUUCCUCUGUGCUGUAGCUUUCUGCAGUCUUUCUCCAUUUAAAUAAUACUCAGCUCUUCCGUUCCUCCUGAUAAAGUUUUUUACCUGAUAUUUUCACCAAGUUGUGUUCCACCUGCCAAGUUUUUGCUCACCCACUUGCUUUUCUAUAUCCUGCUGCAGACUUCUGGUGUCAUCCUUACCCAUUUCCCAUCUUUUUUUAGGUCAUGUGCAAACUUGGUUCUAGUACAUCCUUCAUCCAAGUCAUUAUAAUGUAAAUAAUUCUGGCCCCAGCAGUGAUCUUUGUGACAUUCCACUAAUUACAGGUUGCCAUCCUGAAAAUGCCCCCUUAUCCCAACUUUCUGUUUGCUAUUGGUUAAUCUGUCCUCUAACAUACUACUUUCAACACCAUGGACACCAUAGACAUAUUUAUUAGCUUUUUAUGUGGUAUCUUAUCAAAUAUUGUUUGCAACUCCAAAUAUAUUACAUCAACUGGUUCGCCUUUAACUUUCCUGCUUGUUGCCUCCACAAAAAGCUGUAAUAAAUCCGUCAGGCAGGAUUUCCCCAUUAUGAAACCAUGAAGCCAUACUGUCUCUGCUUGAUUAUAUUGUGGGUUUCUAAAUCCUCUGCUAUUACAUAAUUUAUAAUAGCCUCAAAAUCUUUCCUAAUGACAGAUGUUAAGUUAACUGGCCUAUAAUUACCUACUUUUUUUGUCUCUCUCCAUUUUUGAAUAGUGGUGUUACAUUGGCAGUUCACUCAGCCUCUGGGACUUUACUGGAAUAUAAGGAUGAUUACAACUAGUUCCAACAGGCCAAACCCCCACACAGUGUCUACAAUUAACAGCAGGCACAAACCCCAUUACACUAUCUACAAUUAGUAACAACAGGCAAAACCUCAAUGCAGUGUCUACAAUUUGUAUCAAUAAGCACAAACCCCAUUACUGUGUCAAAAGUGAAGAACAACAGGCACAGACUGUAUGAUGUGUUUACAGCAGGCAAUGACAGAGCAAUUACUGUCUACAAUGGGUAAUUACAGGCACAAACCACAUUAUUGCGUUUACAAUGGAGAAUGAAGGGCAUCAGCCCAGAUUUCAGCCCAUGUUCGCCAAUGAGCGCAGCACAUUUAAACAACAUUUAUUUGCUAUUAGAGUGAUGUUACACAACCCUCUGGAGCAGCUAGCUCAAUAUUGAAGACCUUAAACAUCAUCUUGACAUUGAAAAUAGAAAAUAAAAUGACAAAAUAGAAAAUAGUUUUGUAA